GCAGGAUUAUCAUACAUGUGAAAUCAUCAAGGAGCCUCUUCAUCAUGUGCCACAUACCUGUGUUCUGCUGGAUUUCAGCCACUGUGCUUAAGAGGCUUAUUAGUGAGACUGACAGGGGAGGUAUUCCAAGGACUCUGACUGAAAUGUACACACACUUCCUGAUCUUUCAGACAAGUUUAAAAAAUGACAAGUAUAUGAAAAACCAUGAAACUAAGCUUAAGAAAUACAGCAAGGAAUUCCUUUUAAAACUUGGUAAACUUGCUUUUGACAACCUUGAGAAAGGCAAUCUCAUAUUUUAUGAGCAAGAUCUGACAGGGAAUGGCAUUGAUGUCACUGAAACUUCAGUUUACUCUGGAGUGUGCACAGAAGUCUUUAAAGAGGAGUAUGGGUUGUACCAGAAGAAGGUGUACUGCUUUGUGCAUCUGAGCAUCCAGGAGUAUCUCGCUGCUUUAUAUGUGUUUCUGUCAAACUCAUCAGCUUACCUGCUGGAGACUGCAGUGGAUCAGGCAUUAAAGAGCAAGAAUGGACACUUGGACCUCUACCUCCGCUUCCUCCUGGGCCUCUCAACAGUCUCCAGUAAGACUCUGUUGCAAAGACUACUGGGGCCGACAGAAACCAGCUCACAUAACAUGAGGAUUACAGUGAAAUACAUCAAGGAGAAAAUACAGGAGAAUUUAUCUCCAGAAAGGACCAUCAAUCUGUUCCACUGUCUGACUGAACUGGGUGACAAUUCUCUAGUAGAGGAAGUACAAAGAUACCUGAAUUCAGGAAACAUUUCAGCAGAUCACCUCUCACCUGCACAGUACUCAGCUCUGGCCUUUGUGAUGCUGAUGUCAGAUGAGGAGCUGGAUGUGUUUGACCUGAAGAAAUACAUCAGAUCAGAUAAACAGCAAUGGAGGCUUCUGCCUGUGGUCAAGAACUCCAGGACGGCUCUGCUGAACAGCUGUGAUCUCAUAGAUAAACACUGUGAAGUGCUGUCUUCAGCUCUAAGAUCAAACUCAUCUCCUGUGAGAGAGCUGGACCUGAGUGACAAUAACCUGAAGGAUUCAGGAGUGAAGCUGCUCUCUGCUGCACUGGGGGAUUUACACUGUAAACUGGAGAUACUGAGGCUGUCAGGCUGUAGAGUCACAGAAGAAGGCUGUUCUUCCCUGGCUUCAGCUCUGAGGUCAAACCCCUCACACCUGAGAGAGCUGGACCUGAGCUACAAUCACCCAGGAGAUUCAGGAGUGAAGCUGCUCUCUGCUGUACUGGAGGAUCCCAGCUGUAAACUGGAGAAGCUGCAGGUGGGCCGGUGUGAAAUCACAGAGAAAUGCUGUGAGGCACUGGCUUCAGCUCUCAGAUCAAACUCCUCACCCCUGAGAGAGCUGGACCUGAGUGACAAUGACCUGCAGGACUCAGGAGUGAAGCUGCUCUCUGCUGGACUGGGGGACUUACACUGUAAACUGGAGAUACUGAGGUCAGUCUGACUGGGUAUUCCACACUGUAAACUGGGGGUAGUGAGGUGAGUAUUACUGGGUAUUUCACACUGUACGCUGGAAAUACUAAGGUAGAAAAUAACUAAUGAUUUCAAAAUAAAGCAGGAGUAUCUAAGUCUAGGGGUUGACUUAAAAAAUAACAUUAGACUCGUUACAGUAAGUGGAAUGUCGAAAGGAAGAUUGCAUUGGAGGUUAAGGAUGACAUUAAAAGUUUCUUCCAAUAUUUUAACUCCAAAAGAGCUCUAAAAGCUGAAAUCACUCAUCUGCAGGAUAGUAAGGGCCUUAUAAUCGAAAAUGA